UUCCAGCGGGAGAGACAGCAGUCACCGAUUUCCUAACGGCGUGGAAAUCCUCUCGGGGCGGGUUAGAGGAACGAGUUCUGACGGUGAAAUAGUAUUCCAUCGAUCGUUUCCUGCUUUCAUCGGCGACUAUUAAUUUCCUGAAAAUGUUGGCUAAAUCGCUACUCUUCGCCCUCCUGGUUACUCUCGUUGUGGCCAAAAUUCCUCCCUACAUCAAAGUAUGCGGUCGAAGAAAUCCAGAUUUGGACGGAUGUGUUCGGAGGAGUGUGGAAAGCUUGAGGGGGAAGCUCCGCGAGGGAAUCCCGGAACUCAAUGUUCCUACUCUGGAACCCCUCGAACUGAAAGGAUUCCCUCUAGCGGAAUCUGAUUCGCUCAGAGCUUAUGCCGAGCAUGUGAAAGUUUGGGGACUGACGAAUUUCGAAUUGAAAGAGUUCCACGAUGAUUUAGUGAAAAAUCAGCUCUUAAUCAAAGCUGUUUUCAAAAAACUCGAGCUCGAUGCCGACUAUGAUAUAGAGGCGAAAAUACUCGUUCCCUUUAAGGGCAAAGGUCCAAUACACAUCGUUUCCCAUGAUUCCGUUGCCGACGUAGUAAUGUCGUACAAGUUCGCGACUAAGAACGGUGUCAGGUACGUUUAUUUUUCGGCGAUGACGAUAAAGCUCUCGAUCAACGACUUCGAGGCCCACUUCAAGUCAGCCGACGGCAUUGAAAGUGCGAUAUCAACGGCUAUCAACAGCGCCCUUAAAGAGGGCCGUCAAGAAAUCCUCGAAAUAGCGAGACCCACUCUCGAGAAAGUCAUAUCCGAAACGAUCCUCGAACUUGGCAACAAAAUCUGCAAAUCUUUCACCUACGACGAGCUUCAUCCGGACACGACGGAAUAAUACGAGCCUUCGGUACAUCGCUGAAAAUAAGUCCGACAGAGAAAAAAGUCGAAGGCAAACCCUUUCGAAAAUAUGAGAAUCGGCUACGAAUAAAAACCUUGUAUAAA